AUGUUGUCUCUACUGGCGGAGUCGUGGACUUGGUAUGCCGUUGCGGUAUUGAUUGUGAUAGCCAGAUAUGUUUCGAGAUGGCUUCACCUGGGGUCUUUCAAGAGGUUCCAAACGGAGGACUACGUGAUGAUGGUUGUGUUUGGCUUCUACACCUGUCUCAUAAUUUGUAUGAACAUCGUUGCGCAUUUGGACACCAACUUAAUUCUGCCGUCCGACUCGGAUAGUUUGACUCCAGAGUCGAUCACAUUGAGGAUUCGCGGGUCCAAAUACGUCCUGAUCGUGGAGCAAUCGAUGAUUAUGACUAUAUGGGGCUGCAAGAUUUGUCUGCUGCUGAUGUACAGAAAUCUCACAUUUGGGUUAAAACAACGAUGGGCUGUGAAAGUCGUUGGUAUUUAUGUGGUUGUAAACUGGGUCAUUAUGGAGAUUCUAUAUUUUGGCGUGUGGUGUCGUCCGUUCCCUCAAUAUUGGGCCGUACCCGUUGCCAACACGCAAUGCUCAGCCGCCACGCACCAUCUAAUAGUCAAUGCCGUGUUUAACAUCUCAUCUGACGUUAUGAUGCUCUGUAUUCCCCUCCCGCUCCUCAUAAACUCCAAGCUGCCUCGCACCAAAAAACUCAUCCUAUGCGCCCUCUUCAGCCUCGGAAUCUUUGUUAUCCUCUGCGCUGUCCUAAACAAAUACUACUCCUUCGCCCACCCCUUCUCCCCGCUGUGGACAUUCUGGUACAUCCGCGAAGCAUCCACUGCCAUUUACGUAGCCAACAUGCCUAUGUGCUGGGCCCUCAUACGCCGGCUCUUCAACCUCCGCUCAUUUAUGCUCUCUUCCAACAAUUCGCGCUCGCGCUCGAAGUCCUUCCCUCUGACUUCCCACCGAGGAGGUACUAUGCUUACAAAGGAUGUGCAAACAGUCGACGAAACAGUGAAAAAUGCAGAUGGGAAGAAAGAUAAGAGCUGGUGGGAUAGGGAAGGGUAUGUGAGGAGUGAAAGCGAGGAGUAUAUUGUCAGGACGACGGCAGAGGCUAUGAAAGUGCCAAAGCUGGAGGUGUGGGAGACGAAGGAAUUUGAGAUUGAUAGGGAGGAGAGUAUCCAGUUUGCUACGGAUGGGCAGGAUCCUAAUGCGAAGAGAAUGUAUGAUGGUGGGGAUAAGAAUACAACUACGGUUACGGUGACGAAGCCGAAGCCGAUAGCUAAUGGUAUGGGGAGUUGA